AUGUCCUCUACAACGCGUGAACUGAGGCGAUCAGCCUCUAGCAUCGCGACGGAGCUCUGGUCUCCGGAUGAGCUGUACAAGGCCGAUCCCCAGGUUGAUGUCUUACAGCCAAUUUCGAGUCCCCUUGAAGUGGACGCCCGGCAAUUUUGCGCGUUCCGUAUGUCGCUGUUGCUGGCGCCGUUUGAGGUUCUCAAGGACUACUGGGCACCACAGGGUGAAGACACCGACCUUCUCGUCGAUUACGGCGUCUUUGACGUGACAUGCAGGGAGAUGCGGCGGGACGGUCGACCAGAUGUGAGCACGACGGGGAUCAUCGCCGAGCAGUGUAAGACAACCUCAUGGUUUCGCUUCACGAGCACACUCUCUCGCCGAUCGUUUGUCGUUGAUCGCUCUGCAGUGCACGUGCAGACACUCGUCGAGGCGCUGCGGUACUCCUUUUCCCAUCUCUUGUUUCCAACGGACUCGGAGACGAGCGAGGGGGCAUGCAAUGUACUUUUCCAGUUCAUUGUGUACCAUUGGUCGAGGCUCUCAGCAUAUUUUCCUUUGCUGUACUUUCUUUUUGAGGUACAGGAGCGGCCCUUCUCGGCCUUUUACAAGCAGCUCGCUACCCUAGUCCAGACGCGGAAAGCCAACGAUGCCGCUGCGUGUGAUGCCCUCAGGCCGAAGAAGAGCGCCACGAUGUUCUCGUGGUUCUCGUCAAAACCAAAGGAAGCUGAACUCGGCAUGAUGGACAAGCUGGAGAUUAUCAGCACCCUCAAGUCGAUGCUGCCGCAGACGUUUGAGAAGCGCUACAUGGUUGUUCUCGCCAAUCGUGAGCAGUUUAGAAGAAUGCAGCGCUUCUCUGGGGAGUAUGUGGCCUCCCUGACGAGAGAAGUAUCCGCGUAUCAGGCGCUCGCGGAGGGUUUCGUUGUGCAUCCCCUUGCCUCGAGCGCUGUCGAAGGCUGGUACUCGUCUAGCGCUCUCGAAGCUAUGGCAGAAGAAAAUGCAGCUGUAAAGCAGGCGUUGACAGCGGUGCAGCAGUUUGUAUUGCGCAAGAGCUCUCUUGCCAACGAGUUUCUUCUUUCCAAUGUUAAGGCUAUGUUGCAAUGCGAGUAUGAGAUCAGCGUCAUCGCGAACUCACUCGUGGUGUUCUACGAGGAGCUGGUUAUGCGUGCAAAAAUGGUGAGCGAAAACACAAUGCUGUUGUCGGGAGAGGUACCCCUUCCGGUGGGAUGUGAAGCUUCCACACGGGCAGAGAGCCUGUCAAACGCCCGAGAGGUAAACCAGCGAUAUACGCUUGAGUUCUCCAAGAGGCACCAGCAGUUCGACGAGGAGGUAGUGCAUGCGGAGGCGGUGAUCAAGACGUAUAUGAGGCGUCUCUGCAUCUUCUGCGGGCACGUGGUGAAGACGAUUGCAUCUUACACGAACGCAGAGUACUAUGAGGAGUACUUACGUCCUCUUGCCCCUUCACGGACUGACGGCGUUACAGGCUACUACUCUUCUCACGCACUCAAGGCGUGCCUCGGUGUCAAGGAGGGGGAGGAAGAAUCUACCUUCGCCAUAGAUCGCGAAGGUGCCUAG